AUGCAACUUACAAUGUCAAGCAACAAGAUGAAAAGCCUCUUGAAAGGCCUCCGAUACAUUUCUCAAGUAUUUGAAAGUGGAAAAGAAGAAGAAAUAGAGAUCGGAAAUCCAACAGACGUAAAGCAUGUCGCCCAUAUUGGCUGGGAUGGACCAUCCGCUAAUGCUGCCACCGCACCAAGCUGGAUGAACGAGUUCAAAUCUGGCGGAGGAUUCGAGUCCGGAGAAGGAGGCGGAGAAGAUGACUCCUCCGCGAGAUGUAUGUCGGAAUGUGGCGGUCGGUCAAAAGAUUUACCAAACCUACCAAAAUCAACGAGGAAAGCGGCGUCGGAGAAAGGUUCUCCGACAAAGGAAAGAUCAUCGGACAAAUCUAAACGCCGGUCUUCGAACAAAGGAACAUCGUCGUCAUCAAGGAGACCAAAGGAAGUGUCCGGACAAGACGAUUUUUCUUCGUGGCCUAAAGGAGUAUUACCGGAAGUUCCCAAGAAAUCGAGGAGGAAGAAGAAGACGAAAGAUACCUUUAACGGAGGAUCCACGAGAUCGACAAGAAGAUCUGAGGUCGAUAACAUGUCCGAUCUCAUGUCUGAGACUGGCUCCGUGAGAUCUAUGCCUCAAUUCGACAACAGAGAUGAUUUUUGA